GGUUGCGGCCGCGGCUCCGGCUGCGACUGAGGUGGCGGCGGUAGCGGCGCCUGCGGCUUGGGCUGUCUACCGGCUUGUCUUCGGUGUUUUCGGGGCUUGGGGGCGCGGGGAGUGUUUUUUGGUGGGGAAGGCGCUUGGCAGCAACUUUUUCUCUCUUUUUCAACGGGCGGAGGCCCCUUUGUGCCGUUGAGGAACCGUUUCGAAUUCGGCCUCCGGCGCGGACGCCUCAUGGAUCCCGAGAGGGAGAGGACCGGGAGGCACCUCAAGAAGGGCAGGAAGAGGAGGCGGGCCCGGAACACGCUGGUCGGGGCGGCUGAGGCGCGGAGAGCCCGUUGGGAUCUGGAGGAGAGGCAGCCUGAGGCCAAGAAAGCCCGCUUAUCUACCAUUUUAUUUGCUGAAAACUGUGAAGUAACCCACGAUCAGUUAUGUGAAUUGCUGAAGUAUGCAGUUCUGGGCAAAUCCAGUGUUCCUAAACCCAGCUGGUGCCAGCUUUUUCACCAAAACCAUCUGAACAACGUGGUGGUUUUUGUACUGCAGGGAAUGAGCCAGCUACACUUUUACAGGUUCUAUUUGGAAUUUGGAUUUCUCCGAAAGGCAUUCAGACACAAAUUCCGCUUGCCACCACCAUCAUCUAAUUUCCUAGCUGAUAUCACUGGACUGCAAAAGAAACAAAUAAUGGGGGAUCUAUCCAAGAUGGUGGAAGGGUCUUUACCUUCUGCCGGUUCACAAGUCAGCAUCAACUUGCAGAAUGACCCUAUUAUUCAAAAGUAUGGCUCUAAGAAAGUGGGCUUAACCAGAUGCCUUCUCACAAAGGAGGAAAUGAAAACAUUUCACUUUCCAUUACAAGGUUUUCCUGACUGUGAAAACUUUGUACCUACCAAAUGUAAUGGUUCUAUAACAGACAACAGUCCUCUCUUUGGACUUGACUGUGAAAUGUGCCUCACAUCCAAGGGGAGAGAGCUAACACGUAUCUCACUGGUUGCUGAAGGAGGCUGCUGUGUUAUGGAUGAACUCGUUAAACCUGACAACAAGAUUCUGGACUACCUUACCAGCUUUUCAGGAAUCACAAAGAAGAUUCUUAACCCAGUGACAACCAAACUCAAAGAUGUACAGAGACAUUUAAAAGCACUGCUUCCUCCUGAUGCUGUGUUAGUGGGCCAUUCCUUAGACUUGGAUCUCAGAGCACUGAAAAUGAUACAUCCAUAUGUUAUUGAUACAUCAUUGCUUUAUGUCAGAGAGCAGGGCAGAAGAUUUAAGCUAAAGUUCUUAGCCAAAGCUGUUUUGGGGAAAGAUAUACAGUGUCCAGAUAGGCUUGGUCAUGAUGCCACAGAAGAUGCUAGAACCACCCUUGAAUUGGCUCGGUAUUUCCUUAAGUAUGGCCCAAGGAAGAUUGCAGAACUAAAUCUGGAGGCACUAGCUAGUCGCCAAGAAUUGUUAGCAGCAGGCCAAGAACUGAGAAAUACAGCAGAAAUAGUUUAUCAGCCAAACACAAGUGUUUUAGAAUGCUUGGACUUAAUGGGUCAGAAGCUCCUUUUCUUGACGCAGGAAGCAGAAACUAGUGAACUUUGUUCUGCCAGAAACUGUCAAACUAUUAAGUGCCUUUCAAAUAAAGAGGUUCUUGAGCAGGCCAGAGUAGAAAUCCCCCUGUUUCCCUUCAGCAUCGUCCAGUUCUCUUUUGAACCCUUUUCACCCAGCCUCACCGAGGAGAUGAACAAGAGGAUGAGAAUCAAGUGGACAGAGAUGUCGACUAUUUAUGCUGGGCCAUUUAGCAAAACUUGCAACCUCAGGGCUCUGAAAAGGCUGUUUAAGAGCUUUGGCUCAAUCCGGUCAAUGACUCUUGUUCUUGAAACCCAUCAGCCACAUCUCUGUAUACAGUAUGAAGUCCUGGAAGCUGCCCAGCUGGCCAUAGAAUCCUUGGAUGGCAUUCUGGUAGAAGGUGCCUGCAUUAAGGUGCAGAGGCCUGUGACGGAGCUCACCCUUGAUUGUAACACUCUUGUGAAUGAGCUAGAACAAGAUUCUGAGAACCGAGGUACUAUAUACCUGUCUGGAGUGAGCGAAACCUUUAAGGAACACCUACUGCAGCAGUCCAACCUCUUCCUUGGCCUGGAAGCUGUCAUCUUGCCUAAAGAUCUUAAAAGUGGGAAGCAAAAAAGAUACUGUUUCCUGAAAUUCAAAACUUUUGGCAGUGCCCAAAGGGCCCUCAACAUUCUCAAAGGCAAGGACUGGAAGCUGAAAGGCCGGCAUGCCCUAACCCCCAGGCAUCUCCAUGCUUGGCUCAGGGGCUUACCUCCUGAAUCAAGAAGGCCCCCAGGGGUUCGUGUCAUACCUCCCCCCUCCGAGCAGCAGGCCUUACAGGCUCUGAAGGUGGACCACCCAAAGAUAGCAGCCUGGCGCUGGGGCCGGAAGAUAGGAAAGCUCUACCACAGCCUGGGCCCAGGCACCCUCUGCCUCAUCUUGCUGCCAGGAACCAAAAGCACUCACGGAUCAUUCUCUGGCCUAGGACUGAUGGGAAUAAAAGAUGAAGAGGAAAGCACCACCCCAAACAUGUGUUCGUGAGUCUGCCCAUCAUUUUCCAUGUGCUGUUCCUUAUCCCUCGUGGGCAGUGGCAGAGAAUGUGGUCAGGCUGCAGCCUUUCUAUCUAGCAGACAGCUUUUGUGGAAAUGGUGUACCACUUAAGAAGUUCGGUCCAUUUAUAUGGCAUGUAUGCAUGUUCAAUAAAUGCCUAAAAUUUAAGCAUCCUCAUCUUAAAACAGGGUGAGAAGGAAACCAGUUUGUACUUUCUUUCUUUAUGUCAGUGGACUUAUACACAGGAAAUUUGUAGUAGGUGCUCGUUCCAUGUAACACUCCUAUUAAAUGGUAUAUGUAGGUAAGGAAACCAGGAGGGAGGGACUUUGCUAUGGAGAAAAUCCAGCCAUUAUGCAGGUUGUCAAAGCUGUUAUCUAUGAAGCAAAUUUAUGUAAGGCAAACUUUUCUUAUUGACAGCUGUUAUAAAAAUGAAGGAAAAAGACAGGCUGAACUGAAAAUCUGGCAGGUCCACACACAGGAGAGUGGAAGACUGCUUUUUACCAACACUGGAAGCACCCUUCCAAUUCCAUUUUUAGGAAUGCUUCCUUCCCCCACCCUUCAGUGAGAUUGCAGUGUCACCCUUCACCAGUAGGUGCCUCCAUCAUAUCGGAUCUCCCCCUUAAAACUGAAAGCUUCAAAUUCAGUGAAAGCUACUCCUCUGCUUUUUUAUCAACUCAAAAUAUUAACAUUCUGUGUUGGAAAGGACAUGGGUACAGGUACAUACAACUCUGAAACAGAAAUAUUUAUCUGCCCUCUGGAAAAGAUGAACUAAUCCAGCAUACAAUAUGUAUCAUACCAAAACCCUUGUAAGUUGCUUCGUACAUUGGGAUCCAGCAAUUCCACUUCUAUAGUAUACUAUAAUAAUAGUAUAGAUGCACACAAACAUGUAUGGAGGAGAUACCACAGGGGGAGCCCAAUGGAAUUCUUGGUAGCCAUUUUUAAAAAUUAUGUGCGUGUAAAUAAAAUUUCUAGUAAAAAGAGUUCUGCGAGAAGUAGCAGUUGACCUCUGGAUACAGACAGAACUCUGAAUCCUAGCUUCCCUACAUAUUAUGUGAACUUGAGUACACACCUCACGGGAUUGUUGUGAAGAUGUGAUUAUGCAUUCCCAGUAUAUGUUGUAGGAAAUGUAGAGGCUUACAGAAUAGUAUGUAUAGUUUGAGUCCUUUUUUUGUAGAUAAAGAUACACAAAGACAUGCAUAGGCUUAGAACAAAACCUGGAAGGCUAUAUGUCAAAUGUGGCGAGAUCAGAAGAUUAGGUGUUACCAAAUUGCUUUUGGCUGUUUUGGUUUUAAAUCACCGUAUGUUGCUUUUAUAACUAGAAUACCUAAAAUUGAUUCCCAAGGUUGGGCAUUUGAGGCAGUGUUUUUAACCGUUUAACUUCUAUAAGAGCCAGCCCUAUGUAAAAGUUGGGAACCAGGAGCCAGAACUGAAGAGCUUGAUUUAGGAUCAAGACACUGCAACUUGAAGCUCCCUUGUAAAGCGGAAAGUUCCCCAGGCAUACAUACAGUGAAGGCCCUGAGAUUAUCUUGAAACUGACAAUGUUACUGAAUUCUUUCCCCACCCCCAGCUGUGCUCCAAAGCUGUAAGAGCUUAGCUGCUGUUUAUUUCUUGAGACUCCAGUCCUGAGACAAAAUAAUUGUGUCUGCCUUUGAAUAUGGACAGAUCUGGCCUUUGAAUAUGGACAGUUCAGCUCUGCUUCUGGGCAAGCCACUUAAUCUCAUCUGAGUAUAUUUUCAUAGCUUAUAAAAUGAGAAUUAUCUUUUUAAGGAUUAUUGUGAAAAUUCAAUAAUCCAGCUUGUGGAAAAAUGACAGAAUAGUGGGAUAUAUAUAUAUAUAUGGACUUUCCCUCUCUGAGCCUGUUAACUCACUUUUAAAAUGGGGACAUUAGUACCACUUCAUGAGGUUAUGAGGAUUAAAUUAGGGAAAGCCCCACAUUAAGUGUUCAAUAAAUGACAUUUACUGAGGAGCAUCUUCCAAGUGCAGGAUCACAGAACAAAUUAGGUUCCAUGUGCCAAGAAUACCACCUUUGCUCCUAGGAAUAGCCAAGGCCAUUUCCUUCUGGAUGGGAGGUUUCCCAGUGGGCCCGCAACUCCAGAACUCUACAGAGAUGGGCCCAACCAUAAGGUCUCUGAGGCCUCAGUCUGCACACACUGUUCUUUCAGCUGAUGCUCCCACCUUUUGGAAGCCAAAGCUGCCAACUUGGCCUCUUGCAAAACACACAUUCCAUUCAUAAGUGCGUUUGUGCAUUUCUCCUCCCACACCCUUCUAGGCAGCCAAGGCAGCUGCUGGAGAAGCAGCUUCUCAUUUGGGGGAGAAAGGCAACUCCCAAGGGUUUUUACACAACUCUUGAUUUAGGCUUUGGACGUAUUACUCCCAAUUUUCUGACCUCCUCGCCCACAGUGGAAUGGUUUAGUACACUCAGCCAUGUUUGUUUUCAUUUCUUUUGCCCCUUUUGUAAAUAACCUCUUCCCUAUUAUAAAGAAAACCAAUUAAUGGAAACUUGAAAAAUCCAGAAAAGGUAAAAUCGCUUCUAAUGCCACCACUCAGAGUCAACAACUGCCACUAUUUCAGUCUUCUAUCAUACUUUUUACAUCAUUCAAAAGCAGAUUUUUUAAUAGCUGCAGAAUAUUCCAACAUGUUGAUGUGUGUCAUAAUUUCUAAAACAGUCCCCUGUUGUUGACACUGACGUUGUCUCCAACCAAUUAUAUCCUUGCACAUACAUCUUUGAUAAAUGGUAUUUGUUAAGGAAAAAUUCCUAGAAGUGAAAUUGGGUUAAGGCAUAUGAACACCUAAGGUGGUUUUAAUUCCACAGAAGUUUUUACUGUGUUAGCUAGCAUGGACUUGUUUCAAAUCUUUGCUAAUUUGGUAAGUUAACAAAAAACUUUCCAUUACAUAGAUACAAUUUCUAUUUAUUUGAAUAUCCUGUAGAUUGGCAUUUAUUUUUUUCAGAAGCUUUUUGGCCAGUUUUUUUUAAGGUCUCCUUAUGGAUUAAGUACAGUGUCCAUCCGUUGAUUAUUGCAAAAAUGUUGCUAGUUUUUUAUUUUAAGGUAGUUUUAGAAGUCUUAUGAUUUCUUCUAUUCGCUCUUGUACUUAGAAAGUCUUGAUUGAUCCCGAGAUCAAUUUAAUAGCCAUUGACAAGUAAUAUAUGGGUUGUUGUGUUUUUUUUUUUUUGGUGGUGGUUGGGGGGGCUUGUUUUUUAAGUAGGCUCCAUGCCCAGUGUGGAGCCCAGCACAGGGCUUGAACUCAGAACUAUGCAAUCGAGACCUGAUAUGAGAUCAAGUCUCACACUUAACCGACUGAGCCACCCAGGCACCCCUAUAUGUUUUUUUAAAAUAAUUUUAAUUUUUACACUUAAACCUUUAUUCCUCCUGGAAUUCAUUUUGGUAUAUGGCAACUUUUCCCCAAAUAUUUAGAAUUUUACCCGUUUACUUAUCUUUACUUACCCAAUCAAGGAGAAUGUGUCCUUUACUAUGUAAGUCCAUAUAUACAAAGCCUGAGGGUUUUCUUCUGUCUUGUUUUAUACUAGGUACCAUACCAUUUUGUAGCUCUUUAUUUUAAUAUACUAGCAAUUUCAGCAGCACCACCCCAGAUAAACACAGGGCCAUGGAGAGUCUCCAUCAGCAUGGAUUAUAAAACACUAUAGUCAGAUGCUUUGCUGUUGACUGAAUUGUUGCCGUAUUCCACUAGGACUUUUUCAGCACCCCUAAGGCAAGAGAAUCAAGGUUGGAACAUUACAGAGGAAGGACAUUAAGCCCAGAGAAGAGCGUUAUGGCUUUCAUUAAGACAGGGCCUCCUGAGAAGUCACAACAAAGGAAAGGAAAUGGAGAGUUUAGGCUGGCUCCCUUACCUCUCCUUCCCCAAGACUAACCCUUUGGACCUAGGCCACAACCCAGAGCUAAAAUGGGAUUUCCAGAGCCAGCCCAGUCAUGUGCUUUUGGCAACUGGGUUUGAGAAGAGAGAGGAUGCCAGUGCUGAGGUGACUCUUCUGUACUUCUCUGAACCCUCAGCACUACCUUCUGUAAACCUUUUCUGCUAGAAAACAUCCAUUCUACAUGCCAGUUAAGCUCAUCUCUGGUGUGAAGAUAUUGCUUGCCCCUCAUCUAAUCAAACUGGAUUUUAGCCAUAUAUAAUCUGUACAACACCACAUCAACACUUUGAAUAGCUCCAGGCUCUAUACAAGCACCCAAAUCAGUAUCUUUCACUUUCUAAUUCUCCAAACCUCUAUUUGUUAAGGCCCUGGCUGGGCUCAAGUCAGAAAGGCCCAAGCACAGAAGACACAAGCCCCAAGAGCCAACUGGGUUAUAAGUACCUGUUUUGGAGAUAAACUUUUUAAGUGAGAAAAAAAUGUAACCUCCUCCCACCCCCCACCCUAUUUCCUUCCAGCCUCCAUCUGAUGCUAACCUUGGUAAUAAGGGAAGAAGAGAAAAGAAAAAAAAUUCCAGUUCAUUGAGGAAAACUUUCAACCUUCUCCCUAGUGCCAUGACUCCCAAGUCCUUUCCAACUGAAAGGAAAAAUAAAAGCACAUCUAGUCCUACCACUAUACUUACUUAUUUUUAGGAGAUACCAACAUGAGGCUGGAAAUCUUUGGGAAGGUCAUUAGGGCCUCCAUCAAAGAAGUGAGUAAGAUGGCUGGCCAAUAGCUUUCCUGAAUAUAAACAAUAACAAGACAGAAAAUACAAUGAAAGGAAGCUAAGGGUCAUAUAACUGGUCUACCAUAAUCAGACUUCUAGGAUGUAAGAGCCAAAUAGAACCAUCAGGGAUCAUGUUAGUCUAAGCCCCCCACCUCCAGCCCCAUUUUGGCACAGAGGGAAGUUAAGCCCCUAGGAGGACUGUGUGACCAUGCCAACCCCCAUCUCUUCCUCUCUGGAUUCCUUGCAUUACUCACCUGACAUCCUUUUGGAAACCUUAAACUUACGUGAUUUAGGUGCUUUUUAAAGACUUUUAAAUCCUAACCCUCUGGUGGAAUUAAGUGUCUCUGACAUUACAGAUGAGUAAGGAAACUCGGAAUUUCACUAACUUGCCAAAGGUCACACAGCAGUGGCACUUGACAGUUUCAGCUUGUCUCCUCUGCCUUAAUCACUGCCAACCUGAUAGAUGUAGGAGCCAUCCAUUAGCAGAGUGCUCAAAAUCACUUUGUUUCUCAUGGGAAUCCACAUCAGUUGCUACAAUAAGACUAUAUAGGUAGUGGCCCUCUGAGGACUCAUUUGCUUUUUGCCUACAAGUAUUAGGACCCCAAAGGCCAUUAAGUUGGUGAGUGGGAAGUCAACAUCCAUGUUCGAAGUCUGAGGAUCCUGUACCAUCUGGAUUAUUUUCCAAAGCAUAGGAACUGCUAUCCAUUAUCACGUUGGAAGAGGCUCCCGACGGAUAAAUCUCACCCCAGAAUAAAGUCACUGGUUUGGUUUUUUAGUGUUUUUUUUUUUCUCUCAGAAUUGUCAAUAGUCAAGUAAACAAAUUUAUUAAAUCCAACAGCAGGUAACCUUCCAAAUAAAAAAAACAUCAAAAGAAAAAUGUAGACAAAGACAAAAGUGUGUGUAACAAGUUAAUAAAAAUAUUCAAGGGGCCAUUUGGAGAGUGCAACAGUGCAGAGAAUACAAACAAAAGUAUUGACCUUUGUCAAGUUUGUACAACCUCAAGAAACAGACACACUGGUCACAAACCAAGAGGAAUCCACAAAGGUGGAGGGUCACAUGAGUAGUGGACUCAUCACCUCAGUGGGUUAAGGCAGGGUAUCUGUAGGACCAAUUCAUCCAAGCCCCCAUUUGCCUAUUGUUUCAAGUUCCCCCUUUGAAACCUAGAAUCAUAUUCAUUAGUGCAACAGGUAAGAGCAAUUAAUUACAGACUCGGGGCUGGGGACCAGAAUCAGAGGGAAGACACUUCUCCCAGAAUAAAUUGGGGGGUGGGGGGAGAGACACAGCAUCUACUGAAUGGCUUCCUUUGGCAAUAUCCAAGAAUAUGUUGUAGUAAGUAGUAAAAAGGGAAGGUGGGUGGUAAAAGAAGGUAUCCGUGAAAGCAGGCUUAGUUUCCAAGAGGAAUAGGGAGGAUGUGAGGCCCCAGCACCUGAAUCAGAAGCAGAACCUGAUGGUUACUCAAAGCUAUUUGAAUCAUCUUGGCUUCUGCAACCAGUGCUCAAGCAUAACUUUUUCAGUAAGGAAAAACACCUGCAGAUCCUCACUAAAACACGGCCCCCAGUCCAGGUUAAACUGGAUAUAUGCUGUAAUUAUAGCUAACUAUAGAAAUAAACUCUGAAAGGGGGUGGGUGGGAACCCCCUCUAGAAUUCAGAAAACAGAUUACGGAGUAGGAGGAGGAUCAAUGAAAUAUGUCCUCAAAUGAGUCCCAAUUAACACACUUUAAUAACCUUUAAUAGUCCUUUCGGCUGUUUAAACAAGUUCCUGCUAGAGUUCCCCGCAAAGGAAGACCUUUGUCAGUUACCAAGAUGUUCAAGUCAUCACUAAGCAAACAUUAAGAGACAAGAAGAACGCAAAGCAGGCAGCUAAAACAAAACCUAGCAGCAGCUUCUCUCCAGCCCUUGUAAUUGUAUAAUUGGGUCUACUCCUGGGCUUCACUACACUCAAGACUUGUCUUUAAAUGUGGCAAACCAGUCCUAAAUACAGAUGUUUUGGUUUUUAAACUUUUAGACCCAAGUCCUUAUCCCAGUCAUUUCCCACCGUUGUUUGAUGCAGUUUGGCAUAAUACAGCACUUGAGGCCAUCACAUGAACUAUGCAGUUCCACACCCUGCAGGCUCCAGCACUGAGGCCUGAAUUUUGGCACCAGCCUCUGGGAGAUCAGAACUGUAUCAAAGAUUGACUAAAACUCUGUGGCUUAAUCCCUUCUUCCUUUCCAAGAAGGCUAGUUUGUGCCUUCCUUAGGUAAGUUUAAUACUGAAAACACUGCCUUGUACAUUUCCAAUUGGAUUUCUUGGGGCCUCUGGGCUUGGGUGAAAUUUGGAUCUUCACCCAGCUCUAAUUUUUCUUAUCAGAAGAGUAGAUAAGGGAGUCUUGGACCCAACUUACACAUGUGGGCACAACUGGCACAGAUGAGGGACAACUGUUGAGGCAUCCAGCUGAAGCAUAGCAAAGUGUCAUUGCAGGAGGUGGGGUUAAUGAUACAUUCAAAUAUGGCAGGGAUGGGGGAAUAGCAUUUCAAUGAAGCAACACUUCAUCUCAUACAGCUUUCUAAUCCCUGAAGAAAUACCACAAACUCAAAGCCAUUUGCCAAAAACCAAGAAUUUCCCAAUACAUAUUCAAUGUCUUGUAGUCACCCUCAGAUAUUUGCCUAUUUUCAAAAUGGCAUCCACAUCCUGCCCCUCUUCACACCACCCUGGUAUUACAUCGUUAAAGUGAGGAGCACACUGGCUUACCUGAGGGGCAUGCAUUUGGCCUCUUCCACACAAUUAUACUGCUCAUUUAAAAGCAAACCUAUUUCUAGGUUAAAAGGAACAGGGACCUUUCAUUUCCCAAUAGUGUGACUACAAACCCUACGCACACCCCACCUUCGAUCCCUUUGCAAAAAAAACCUGCUUUUCCUGUGGUCAAGUCAAACGCUGGCCCAGAGCCACCACGGAAGCUUGGAAUUCCUUGCAUCAGGAAAGCCAACCUGGAUAGAACCUGUAAGUCCUUCCCUAACUGCUCCCCUUUUCUGGGUUUCUCAAUUGCAUUUCUGUAACAAAUAGGUCAUGAAAAAUAUAACCAAAAAUAAUUUAGUGGCUCUUUUUGUGGGGAGGCAGAAUAGCUAACAAAAUCCACCCAUUCUAGCACACCUAAUGCAUGGAAUGCCAUUGUAGGCUGGGGAAGGAAUCCAGUUCCUCCAGAGUCCUCAGGAUCCUCAGUGCCUCCCUCUUUUGUGCACUUCUCUCCAUAUACCCUUGUAAUUAAGACAGAAGAGAGCCUUACCUGGCUAGGAGCAGCCUGCCUUUUCCCUUUUUAAACCUCUACCCAGUCUAGAAUGAGGAAAAGCUAGGGGUUGCAGGACUGGCUAGAUGAGAAGGCAGUCUCUCUUAAGACUGGGCACCCUGACUACAGUUGAGCCCACAGAACCUGCUGGGGCCCCUAGAAACUCUCUUUAUAUAAGGAGCUUGUGUCUUAGGCUAGAACAAAGCCAGACAUCUGGCCUGAGACCCUCUUCAGCUUUCCAGCAGUACUGCUAACUUGCUGUGGCUGAUUUUAAAGUUUCCCUUCUGCCCCUCUAGAAGGGGCAACUGCCAGGUUUAGGAUCUUAAAAAAAAAAAAAACAAAAAACUCCACAAGUAUGUUUCCUAUGUCAAUGUCAAUCUUGGAAAAACAUGGACUGCAGGAACUCCUCAAGUAAUCAUCUUUGGAAAGACGGGAGCCUGGAGCCAUAAGCCUCCUCCUAAUAAAGGAACUCAAAAUAAGCAAUUCCUGCCCAGGCUGAGAAACACAUACCUGGGAGGCAGAUGGAAGUAGGGAAGAAAACUCCAAAUGUUUUAAUAGACAAACUCUCAUUACCUCAAGAGUAUAAAUAUUUUAUAAGUUUUUAUUUAAAAGAUUCCCUUUUCAAUCUGUUCCAAAGUGUUGGGAGCUGAACUGUACAAGUUCCUGCCACCCACCCUUCCAGUACAGUGUUUUGAGCACAUGUUUUUUUAGAUGGAAAAAUAACAAGAGGACCCUCUACUGAAACCAGGUAGGACCAGAGUCAGCUCCUGUGUGGCAGUUUGGCCAAAGCUGGCCUUAUGGAGCAAGCACGCAGAGGAGUCUGGGGAACUGGGCCUCCCUCUUGUGAGGAAAGGGCUGAGAAAAUUCAUCCUCUCUUUAGUGAAGAUGGUCCAAAUUCAGAUGCAAAAGCCUCCAUUUAUGACGUUCCCUGGCACUCUUCUUAUGCUUUAUAUAUUGAAGGCAGCUCCCUCUUUUAUGGCCAGUUUUAGCAGGCAAAGAAACAAAGGAAUAUAGAUACAUAUAUGUGUAUAUAUAUAUUUUAUAUAGGUAAAAUAUAUACAUAUCUUAUAUAUGUAUAUAUACAUAUUUGGGGGUAGGGGAAGGAGAGGAGGGUCAUGUAAACCUAAACAGUCAUCACAUUACCCCAAAUGAGCCUAACAUUAACAAAGAAGAUAAUAAAUAACUCCUGGGGGUUAAGUGACAACAUGGGUGCAGCAAGAAGGGAAAGGGCACACAUUUAACUAUUAAAUACACUUCUAUAUUUGUUUGGCAGAGUUCAGGCCAGUCCCAGGCUUCUGCCCUUGCCAGACAAGUAAGCUGAUGAUACUCAAAAAAAAA